AUGGCUCCAUCAACCUUCAAGGGCUCCUUCAGCAUUACGCACAUUGGCACAGCCACAGCCAUCUUUGAGAUUGACGAUAUCAAGCUUCUGACCGAUCCCUUUUUCUCACCCGCGGGCACAAGCUGGGACAUGGGCGGGGGUAAUUUCCUGAAGAACACUGAAACCCCUGCUCUUGGGCUCGAAAACUUGCCUGCCAUCGAUGCCAUUCUCCUCAGCCACGAAGAUCAUCCUGACAACUUGGAUGAAAUUGGUCGUCAGCUGUUGCAUGGACGUCACCCGUGGGAAACCGCCUCCGUCGUCCUCGGCGGCCAGAAAUAUGAAGUCACUGCCACCCCAUGUCAGCAUCUGCCCGGCGGCGAAUGUACUGGUUUUAUUCUGACCAAGGCGGAGUUCGGUGUCAGUGCUGAUGGUCGCCCCAAUGCGAUCUAUUUCACUGGAGACACUGUCUAUAUCGACGAACUUGCUAAAAUCCCAGAGAAGUUCCAUAUCGUUGCUGCUGUGAUGAACUUGGGGUCUGCCUUUGCUGCUAUGCCCGACGGACCGCUUCAAAUCACAAUGGAUGGCAAACAGGCUGCUCAUCUUUUCCACACCAUCAAGGCGGACUAUCUUGUGCCCAUGCAUUAUGAAUCUUGGGGCCACUUUACCCAGUUUGGAAAAGAUUUGGUAGGGGAGUUCCAGGAGGAAGGAAUUAUUGAUAAUGUUCGCUGGCUCACUCCCGGAAAAUCGGUGAAGAUUUUGUAA